AUGCCUUCUACAACGGGUUGGAAUGACCCUAAUGUAGGUGAAUAUUUUUCGCAUGAAAAUCCAAAUAAGAAAUUUAAUAUCUUAAGAGAAAUUGGCCAUGGCAGCUUCGGAGCUGUCUACUUUGCACGUAAUAAAAGUAAUAGCCAAGCCAUGGCUAUCAAGAAGAUGUCAUUCAAUGGUAAAAAUUCCGAAGAGAAAUGGCAAGAAAUUAUUAAAGAAAUAAGCUUCCUACGGUCAUGUAGUCACAAGAAUAUUAUUGAAUAUUAUGGUUGCUAUUUAGUGGAUGAUUACGUUUGGCUUUCAAUGGAAUACUGCAUAGGAUCAGCCGCAGAUAUCGUAGAAGUCCACAAAGACUUACUACAUGAGAAUGAGGUUGCAGCCAUUUGCAUAGGAACAUUAGAGGGUUUGCGUUAUCUGCACAGUACGAACAGAAUACAUAGAGACGUAAAAGCUGGUAACGUAUUACUAACAUCCGAAGGAGUAGUAAAGCUAGGCGACUUUGGGUCAGCUUCUUUAAAAUGUCCUGCAACAACAUUCGUUGGAUCGCCUUAUUGGAUGGCGCCUGAAGUUAUACUUUCGAUGGAUGAAGGCCCUUAUGAUGGAAAGGCCGACGUCUGGUCUCUUGGGAUAACUUGUAUCGAAUUAGCUGAAAGAAAGCCCCCUCUGAUAAAUAUGAAUGCUAUGAGUGCUUUAUAUCAUAUAGCCCAGAAUGAUCCUCCAACUCUGAAGGAAUCCCCUAGAUGGUCUGUAGCUUUCGUAUCUUUUGUUGCAAAAUGCCUUAACAAAGACGCUAAAGAUAGACCAUCGACUGAGGAUUUAAUGCUGCAUGAAUUUGUAACACAAGACAGGCCUGCACAUAUCCUGUUUAACCUAAUUCAAAGAACAAAAGAAGCUGUUAGAACAAUGGAUAGUCUGAGCUACAAAAGACUAAAAAAGAUUGUCAUAGAAGAAUCCGAACAGACGAAUAUAAAUUCUCAACCCGCUACGGAACAACAGAGAAAUGGACCAACUAUGCCUCACAUAGACCAUGAUAGCGAUGACGAUAAUUCAUCGCAAUCAUCAAGCAAUAUAGCAGAAAUUAGUGAUAGAUCUAUGAAUGAACCUGUUAGAGAGAAUGAGAGUAGUGAAGAUCGAGAUUUGCUUGGACAAGAUCGGUUUGCUACCAUAAGACCUAUUAGUUUUGUAUCACGAGAAAGGCGUGAGCAUGCAUCGCACAACAACUAUAGAGAACAGCUAUUAAUAUAUACUCGUAUGAGACAACAACACCAACAUCAACUGCAAUCAUUAAAUGCGAAGUUAACAUCUGAAUUACAUGAACAAAUCAAGCAAUUGGAUAAGGAUCAUGAGAGCUUCUUACACGGAACGGAAAGAGAACUUGAAAGAAUAAGAAAUAAACACAAAGGAGACUUGGAACAAAAUCUGCGUGCUUGUGUAACAGAAGAAAAGAAAUAUUGGAAAACAGUUCGUGAUAAGAACGAACAAGAAAUGAAGCAGUUUAAUAGCCAACAAAAAGCGGAUUUUAAGAUAAUAAAAACUUCAAUAAAAAAGGAAUUGGAUGAAAUGAGCUGUAGUAGUAAAGAUAGAGAAACUAUGAAACGCAAAAAAUUAGAUGAGGUUUUGCAACGUCAAUCCGAGGACGAAAGACGUAAAUUACAAGAAUUACGAAAUGGUGCAGAUCUCAAACUUAGACAAUUCAGAAAGGAACAAUUAUUGUGCCACCACAACCUAGAAAAGCAGCUCUUGCAGCAGGAACUUAAUUUUAUGCAGCAGAGAAAAGAUCAGUCUCAUGAGACGUUGCAACGUCAUCUUGAAAUUAUAAAUGAUACAGAGUCGAAACAUAUGAAAGUAAUUCAGGAUUUACGAUUAGCACAGCAGCAAAAACAGCAUAGAAUAGAAUGGGAUAAUGAAAAUGAAUAUGAACGGCAAAGAAGAAAUGAACAACGAAAGAAACAGUUAAUAGCUCAGCGACAACAACCUAGAAAUUUAAAAACACAAAAAGAUCGCAUAAAAAGACAGUUUGCUGAUAUGGUCAAGACGCAGAAUCGCCAAUUUAAAUCGUACGAAAAACAACUAUUACAAAGGGAGCCGAGAGAGAAGCAUAGAGAAAUAAGUAAACAACUUAAGGAAGAAAGAAAUCGGAAAAUGGCGGCAUUGGAGGAACAGUACGAUAAGACUAUUGUAGACCUUGUAGAAGAGCAAGCGUCGAGGUUAACUGAAUCUCAAACAAUUGAGCAGCAAGCAUUAGAAAGGAUGUUACAACAGGAAAAGGAAAUGCUGAGCGCUUAUCAGAGUCGAAUGAUGAUUCAAAUGAAGACACAAAAUGAAAAAGAACGAACGGAGUGCGAAGAAAAAAUUACGAAUAGACGCAAAGAAAUGGAUAGCAGAAAAAUGGAAGAAAGUAUGGCUUUGCAGCAGCUAAGGCUAGAAAGACAACAAGAAUUGCAGCAGAGACACCAGUAUGAGUUAAAUUUUUUCAAAGAGUCCUUGGAUGCUAGUCUAUCGCAUUUAUAUAAAUCUAGUUCAACAUCAUCAGGCAUUCGGAAUUUCGGAAAGUCUCAAUCUUUUAUGAAUAAGAAGGAAAGCGCGCAUGAAUACUAG